UGAGGAACGAUAAUCGAACUAUCGGUAGUAGAUUGAAUAGACCUUGGUUUCCCUAGUCAAUUAUUGUACGCUUGACAGUAUAGAAGACGUACAGAAUAUGGUAUAUAGAUUCUAGAAAUUUCGUGAAAGUUAGUUACAACGAGAUUUUCGACGAAUUCGAGUUUACUCACUUCAGAAAUUCAAUAUUCUGGUUUAUACGCGUAACCGAGCAUUACAUAUUGCAAUCAAUCCAAGUAUAAUUGUUUAUUUAAUAUAAUCUAACGAUCAUUUAAUAUUCAAAAUGUCUUUGUUUGGAUCUUUAAUGGGCGAUUUCGACGAUGAUCCUAUAUUUGGAUCUCAUAUGCGUACCAUGAGGCAGAUGAACAGCAUAAUGAACUCUCUUUUUACUGAUCCUUUUGGAAUGAUGGGUCAGAAUGCGUUGACCGAUUCUCAACAACGAAGUGGGAUACAUCAUAAUGAAAUGCAAAUGAUGCCCUUUGCUUUUCCAACGAUGCCAACUAUGAACUUUAAUAGAUUAUUCACUAAUUUUGAUAAUUUGGCAUCAAAUGGAAAUUGUCAUUCCUUUACGAGUAGUUCUGUAACAACUAUGGCCAGUGGUGCAGAUGGACGUCCGCAAGUUUACCAAGAAACAAUGUCUACAAGAACUGCACCCGGUGGAGUAAAAGAAACCAAAAAAACUGUAUGUGAUACAAGAACUGGAACGAAGAAAAUGGCUAUCGGUCAUCAUAUUGGAGAUAGAGCCCAUAUUCGUGAAAGGGAACAUAACCUUCAUAACGGAGAGCAAGAAGAACACGAAGAGUUCAUUAAUCUUGAUGAAGAUGAAGCUGAGAGUUUCAACAACGAGUGGGAAUCUUGUACAAGACGAUCGGCAGGUGCAAUUGCUGGACCACAUCAUAGUUCAUAUCCUAACUACAAUAGACGUCGUCCUGAUUACAAGCAAUUGGCUUUGCCUGAUGCAUCAGGAAGAUAUAAGAAGCAUGGAAGAAAAUCUGGUAGAAAAAUGUGAUUACAAUACUUUGGCUGAAUCCAAAUCUCUUGGUGCAUUCCUUCUCUUCAACUUUGUGUAUGCAUUAUUGAAAUAAAUAUAUGCAUGCUCAAUUAUGUUCAUCUUUACUUUUGAAAUAAAAAUAUUACGAGACUUCAAUAUAUGAGUUAGCACCAUUAAUAAGUCAUCUAUGUACACAUACUCUUAUUUAUGCUAUGUAUGUAUAUAAAAAUGUAUGUACGAUGUGCUUUUGUAGAAUACAAUUUAUGUACAGACGUACAUUAUGUUA